CUUUCCGUUCUUCUUCAUCUCCUCCAGUUCUUCUUCAAUUUUUUCUUUCUUCUUCAUCUCCUCCAGUUCUUCUUCAGUUUUUUCUGUUGGAUUUUGCAAAAAGUUGGUUUUCUGCAUUGGAUUUAAUCAAAAUUAUAUGAAUGGCGAUUAGUGUGGAAGUGUCCCAAAGCCGCUCUCUGCCUUGGUCGACUGAGCUGCCUUCGAGUGGAAUAUUCCUCAACGUCUCUCUGAACCAGACUUUGAGACGAGAGCUUCGAACCACCCCCGGAGGCCUUGUUGUUCAAGUUUCUUCCUACCCUCUUGCUCCCCAACUCCACACGUCUCUCUUCUUGCCCAACCAUCUCCUUCGACAACGUCCCAUCUUCCGCAACCACAUCAAUAACUUUCUCUCUCAAGUUUCUGGGUUUCGCCUCCCACACUCCUCCACUGAUCGUCUCGCUUCUAAUGUCUUAGCCGCGGCUUUGCUGCAGACAGGGCUGUUUUCCUUGGAUGCUCAAGUGGAUCUAGUUGUUAGAUCAUCAGAACUGGUCGUUGAUCCUGAUUUGGUUUCCAACGGUAAUAUGCCACAUGGUGAUGAUCAUCGCAACUUUCAGUUCAUUGAUGAUCAGUUGAUAAUUGAUCAGGCGCCCAGCAGAUUGCCAUCGUCAUCGGAUUCAACAGGUUCAAGAACUCAGACUCAGACUGUUGAUAGAUUGAGGAUGACUACCCAUGAAAGAGUGGUUGCAGAGAAUGGUGACAAUGGAGAGCUGGGUGGUUGCUGUAUCUGCUUGGAGAAGUUCACUGCUGGAACUGAGUUAAUCCGUUUUGGUUGUAAACAUCUUUACCACCAAAACUGCAUUGUUAAGUGGCUGGAGAAUCAAAAUUCCUGUCCUCUGUGCAGGCGUCCAUUGUAAAGGAUAUGUUUAACUCUGUUUUUGUAAUUUGGUUUUAGUUUUUUACUGUAUAUGCUCAAGAUGUUGAUAGAUUAUUAUAUAAUAAUUGUAUGUUGGUUAUAAGAUUCAUUACUUUCUUUGAA